AAAACCCUAGCUUACCUCCCGCUAUAUAUUGGCUGCUUAUCUCAUUUCGCCCCUCCCCUUUUCCCCUCCCCGAGCGCCGCCACCAGCCGGCAGCGCCCCCUUCGUCCCCUCCGUCGGCUUCCCCGGCGAGCUACCAAGAAGGAGGAAUGGUUCGUCCCUUGGAAGUGCGGUUCGUUCCCUUGUCCGGCUUUGCACCUGGAGGGGAUCCACCACAAGGUCCUAGAGCAAAGAAAGUAUCCAAGGCUGCACCUGUGUUUGAAGUCCCUGGGUUAUGGACACCCGAUGUACCUCUAGAGAAUGCCUAUCGUGACUGUAUUAACAUGACUGUCGUAUACCUUGAUUUGCACUUGCCAAGGAAAAUGAAGCCUAAGCUUUCUCUGAGAGAGACCUUCUAUAUGAUAUAUGGUGGCAAUACAAUCAAAGAACUUGCGGAGCUUGUAUGCGGUCGUCUGAAUCUUGAGGUGGGGCAUCCAAUGAAGUUCACCAUUGAUGGGACUCUUCUGCCGGAAGAUUGUGUACUCUCGUCAGUUUACAACAAGUAUAUUUGGGACGGGAGCAUUCUGACACUCUGCUGCUGUGUUGAUAAUGUGAAGAAAAUCUUCAACGUGGACCUGUCAGUGAAAGUUCCUGUGAUACCACCAGUGCAUGUGAUUGAAGAUGAAGUCCCAUUACCCACUCUGAGGAUCUGCUCUGUCCGGGACGCAAGGAGGGCGUCUAUGAUGAGCAAGGUUGGAACCUACUCGCUGAAGGAUGGUGCUCCAGCUGUGCUGGUGCACGGCACCUAUGGGGAGGGCGGGUCACUAGUUUUCUAUUAGGUUCUGUCGCUGGCACAAUAGUCCCAUGUCACUUUUGCCGCAAGUCAUGACUUGGAGUUGCUUCUGUUAAGCCCAUCUCGUAGUCCUUUUGUGAAUGAGGCACCUGUUUACAUCCUGUGAUCCUUUUGUGUCAUGAGGCACUGUUUACAUUUUGUGGUCAUUUUGCGACAUGGGCAGUCAUUUUGCA